AUGGCUUCGACAACCGGAAUUCCUCAACCCCCCGCGACAAUUGUCUCGCGAGAAGACGAGCCUCUAUUGGGCCGUCCAGGCGAUGUCACACAAAAUCCCAACGAGAGCUUUUAUCGGAACCUCUUCACAGCGGCGUUGGUCUGGCAAGGCGUCUUAUCCCUACCCCUCUCGUUGUUCACCCCGCAUCCAUUGCUCGGAAGUUCUGCUCUUCUUCUUCAAGUCCAAGCAGCUCUAAUCUUACAACCAACGACCACCCCACAACAGAAGCGUAUCGGUACACGCAUCCACUACGUCUUGCAACUGCUCAGCGUGGUCCUCUUUGUAUCGGCCUUUGUUAUAAUCGAACUUAACAAGGGUUCCCAUCCCCACUUUGUUUCCCCCCACGGUCUUCUGGGCUUGGUCACGUACAUCGCCAUUGUACUGCAAGCCGUGGUCGGUGUCAUCCAGUUCUCGUUGCCGGUCACGAUUCUCGGCAGUGUCGACGCUGGGAAGCGCAUUUACAAGUAUCAUCGCUGGAGCGGAUAUGUUUUGUUACUGCUGGAGAUGGCGACUGUCGUGGCGGCGACGCAGACCACCUACAACGUGACGGCGAUACAUAUUCCGCUAUGGGGUGUCCUUGUCUCCGUCGUUUUGAUUCUCGCGGGCGUGGGUGCGAGAAUUAAGACACACAAGUUGGGGUUGUGA